AUGCAAGUUGAUCUUGACGACGAACACUACCUCUUUACCAACCCCUACACCGGCAAGUCCUACAUUAAGAGGAAGCAACGUGCUAUGCAGGAUUCCGCCACCAUGCCUCACCAGGAACUUGUGCAUGAGAGCACGCAGAAUAUGGACUUCAGCAGUUGGUUCAACACCGGUGCUUCGAAGAACAGGUGUGCUGUAAAACGGCGACCCACGACCAACAGCACGGCAACUGUGAAUGGAAGGGCCGGUAAGAUUCCACGAAAGGCCACAGGUUCUGUUGCUCCUUCCGUACCGCAGAACAUACACCUAACAAAGAACAACAGUGAUGUCACCGAGAAGCCUGAUGAUGACGACGUCAGUAGUGCCAGUGGUGAAGAUUUCGAUGAAAAGGUAAGGAACAUUGUGGACAACCAGAUUGGCGGUAACCUCGAAGAGUACACCAGAAAGAAGUUUGUUAAGUCCAUCAGAGACCCCAUCACGAAAUCACAGAAAGAAGCCUUGGAGAGAUUGCGAGGUGACGUCGUGCCGCAGUUGAAUGUGGCAAAUGGCAACAUCAAGGAUGCCAUGAACAAGCUCUGCCAGUUUCGAAUGGAGUACGACAACAAUAAGGCUCAGGACAGGAGGUUCCAGCAGUUUGUCGUCGAGAAACUGGGGCAGAUGAAUGGUACCAUCGAAGCCCUUGGAAGGUACCUCUUGAUGAAGCUUGGUAGCAAUGACGGCUUAGACGACAACAGCCUUGCAAACAUGGUUUCCUUUGACAGGUACGAUGGAAGUUCUUGA